UGGUCGCUGUGGGAGUGCGCGUCGCGGCAGCUUGAGAUGGUCGCCAUAUUGUGUCGACAGUGUCAAUAACAAUAACAGAGACUUUCCUCCAUUCCUGCUGUGCGGUGCGAGGCUUCUGGCCGACCAUUAUGAACACAGGCCCCAGCAAACACUCCUCGUAGCAAUGGCAGCAUCUAGAAAAUUACAAGGUGAAAUUGAUCGGUGCCUGAAAAAAGUGGCGGAGGGUGUAGAGCAGUUUGAAGACAUUUGGCAGAAGGUACACAAUGCUACGAAUAGCAACCAAAAAGAAAAAUAUGAAGCUGACCUCAAGAAAGAAAUCAAGAAGCUUCAGAGAUUACGGGAUCAAAUCAAGUCCUGGCUAGCCUCAGGUGAAAUAAAGGACAAAUCACAACUACUGGAAAACCGGAAGUUAAUAGAAACGCAAAUGGAAAGAUUUAAAGUGGUAGAAAGAGAAACAAAGACCAAAGCCUACAGUAAAGAAGGCCUCGGUGCAGCACAAAACAAGGACCCAGCUCAGCGGGAAAGGGAAGAAGUGAACAGUUGGCUCAGUUCCUCUAUAGACACUUUAAACAUCCAGAUGGACCAGUUUGAGUCAGAAAUUGAGUCUUUAUUGGCAACACAAAAGAAGAAGAAGAUGGAUAAGGACAAGUCUGACCGAAUAGAAGAUCUCAAAGAGUAUAUUGAUAGACAUCAAUAUCACAUAAAGAAAUUGGAAAUCUUAAUGAGAAUGCUUGACAACCAAUCCAUAGACUGUGACCAGAUUAAAAUGAUUAAGGAAGAUGUUGAGUACUACAUUGAGUCUUCACAAGACCCAGACUUCAAUGAGAACCUUGGGUUGUAUGAUGACAUCGACAUGGAGGACCUUGACUACCCUACACCAGAAAUAACGGUAGGCAAGCAUGUGUUGGGAGGUAGCCAUGACAGCACGGACGGGUCAACACCAUCUUCAGUAUGCGGGUCAUCUCCGGCGCCGUCCCCUGCAACCAGCCACCCCAAUGACCAUGAUGCCCCUGCCACUCCACAUGACAAGAAGAGGAGUAGUAAAAAUGAGGACUCCAGAUCUAUCAGCUCAGCAAGCCAACCAGUUAAACCUUUGGUAGUAAGACCAGCCACCAACAGUCUGUCAAGUUGCAACAGCCUGACUAACAACAGCAAUGCUAAUACCAAUAGCAGCAGCUCUACGACCGCUGCCACUAUUGUCGCUGUUAAUUCCAACUCAUCAUCCAAGGCAACGCCACCUCCAUCCACCCCAACUAAACCUGUAUCAGGUUCCACUUCUCAAUCCACUCCAAACAACAGCAGCACAAGCUCAGGCAUUACCAAUCAUCUUAUCACCUCAACUUCACAACAUAACAGCACAGGAAGACACUCACCUGAAUCAAGUGGUGCAAUGAAUAGCGGUAUUGUCAAUAACGCUGUUGGAAGUGGCAGCAGUAACAACAGCAGCAGCAGCAGCAGCAGUAGCAGCAGCAGCAGUAGCAGCAGCAGUGGCAGCAGCAGCAGUAGCAGCAGCAGUGGCAGCAGCAGCAGUUGCAGCAAUAGCAGUAAUAGUAGCAGUGGAAACUCCGUAUCCAAUAGUACCAGUAGUGGGAGCAGCAGCAGCAGUAAUAGCAGCACGAAUGGGCCGAGCAGCGGAGUGAACAGCAAUGUCAGCGUCACCUCCCCGCAAGGCAGCCUGUCUGGAAGUGCGACCACUACCCCUGCGCUACCCUCCGGGGCCCCCACUCCCUCAACACCAGCAUCACAUCCUGGCCACACACCAACUAUGAACUCUGCAGAAACAGCAGUAUCUUUGAAGGUGAUAGCUCAGAAGAAAGUCAAUGAAGUAAACUCUUCAUCAAUACCAUCAUCAGUGUUGGAUGGUAAUAACUGUGUCGUGAGCAGCAGUAGUAGUACCACCACCACCAACACCAACAGCAACAACAACACAACCAGCACUACCUGUUCAACGAAGAACACAGGAACCUCAGAAGCUCAUAUUCCUCCACUAUUAGGUGUUGCUCCACUUGGUCCAGCACAACUGACAGUAGAACAUGAGUUACAGUUUAAAAUGUUACAAGCGGCCUUUUUUCACAUGCCUCAUCCGUCCGAUUCGGAAAGAUUGAGACUGCAUUUGCCGCGCCAGCCCUGCCAGACACCGCUAUACUACCCACAGGUCUCACCACCAAUGUCAGAUACAGUCGACUUCUUCCAGAGGCUAUCCACCGAAACUCUCUUCUUUAUCUUUUACUACAUGGAAGGUACCAAAGCCCAGUACCUUGCUGCCAAAGCACUAAAAAAGCAAUCGUGGAGAUUUCACACCAAAUACAUGAUGUGGUUUCAGCGGCAUGAGGAACCAAAGGCAAUCACAGAUGAAUAUGAACAGGGCACGUAUAUCUACUUUGACUAUGAAAAUUGGGGCCAGAGGAAAAAAGAAAAUUUCACUUUUGAAUACCGGUUCUUGGAAGACCGGGAUCUGAACUAAGAUUCUGCUGUUCACCAAGGAUCUCAUUCACACUUCCCUUGGCACACUUUCCACACUGAGGGUAGCUGUGCUAUACUGAGUGAUAAUUAUUCAUAUUGUAAGUGAAAGAAGGGGAUGCCAGAGGGGGCUUGGGAAGGACCAAGGUAGGCUGUUAGGGAGAAUAUUUUUCCUUCAUCAGACCAGACCUCAUCCCAGCCCUAUCACUACCCGUGUUGUUCACUGCGUCCCAGUAAAGUCAAGUGUCAUGGCUGCCACAACCACUGUUAUACCAUGAUAUGUGAUAGUCUCAUCUAUUCCAUUUGUAAUUUUUUUGUAAAAUCUUUCCCCUCCCAAAUAGAGCAUAUCUAUUUUUACUGAGGAGUUGUUUCUUGCCCAUACCACAGACUUGUGUCCCUCUUGGUGGUCCACAAGGUUUGCAAGCUUGAGUUGAGUACAAUUACCUACACACACACACACACACACACACACCACUCUUUGAUCUCAUCCUUCAAACUCUAGGGUUUAGAUUUGUAAGUUUGUGCAUUAUUCAAUUUUGCUCAAAUAUCUGGAUGCAGCAUUCUGUGCUGGUAGUAUUUUGUUGCCAACCAGUAUUAUCCAUCUUUUUUUCAAGGCUAAAAUUACAAUUUGCAUUGCUCGGAGAUCUGUGAUGCAUCAGUCUCUCAACCAUUCUAGUUUUACAUCAUAUUUUUAUACCUCAGAUUGAUGUUCCUUAACAACCAGGAAUGUUGGACUGGUUGCAUUACUGAAUCACUUAUACAAAUUCUUGAAGCUGUCAUAGGGUUCAUUACUUUGUUUCGAAUGUAUAAUAUGUUGCAGUACUUAAUUUAACAAACCAUUAAACUUACGGGCAAGAUCAGCAUCGUUACUUUAGUACAAAUCAAUCUUUUUUCUCGCCUUCUUAUAAAGUUUCCAUGUUGAAAUUUGGUUUUAUUGUUUAGUGAUGAAGUAUGUAACAGUACAGCACUGCUGCCUGAUGAAAAUGAAGAAGUCUGGUGGCCUGGAGUCAUAAGAUGUUAGUUGGUCUUUUUAGUUUCAUUGUCACUCAGGGUGAAAGAGGUAGACUUCUCCCAAGAAUUUAUAACUGGCUAGGAAUUUUAAACUUGGUUGUUUUCAGUACAAGAUGGUUAUAAUAGAGCAGUUCUGACAAAAAAUAUAUAUUUUCAUUGUUUUGGUUUUGUAUGCAGUUGUAUUUGUACUUUUAAUUGAGGUUUGAAUUCUUUACAAUAUUCCCUUGAAACUAAUUUUGAAGACCAAAAUUUCUAUUUGAUAUAUUGAAAAAUUCAUAAUUUAUUUAUAGCAAAAUUAGGGGAAAGAUCUAUAUUUCUCAGAUAAAUAAGUUUAUCAUAAUGUAGCACUAAGAAAAAUAUUCCAAUAAUUUAUUGUGGGAUGGCGUACAUUUUUCAUUAAUUCUAACAUUUGCAAGUAGAGGAUUUCUUUGUUGAGAGAGUCAGUCACUUGCUCAAAGCAAAGAUACAACUGACAUACUUAUGGAAGCCCCCAGACAUCCAAGUGUCCAGCAAAGGAGUAGGAUUAUGUAGAUAGUGUACAGUCGUUGUAGACUUUUUAUACAGUGUAAAUGAUAUUUUUAUACUGUCCUUGACAUCCCUACAGUGGUAUGCAGUGUAGAUGGAAGGGACAACCUUUUUUGGUUGAUUUGGAACAUCAUCUGUGUGUAUGUCUGAAAAGUAUGCCUUUGAGCUGUGAGUCAUGACAUCAAUGGAUAUGUGUAUCUCUUGUCAGUGUCAGAAAGCCUAAUUUUCCUAUACAUUCUACUUGAGAAAUUGUGCCUCAAUUUACGCCUGUUAGAGAGAGAUAUCCAUUGAUUUUAUUGCUUCCAGUAUUUGCAUAAUUUUAUGUUGAGGUUGGCUUCUAAUCAUCAAGGACUAAACCCAAACUAUCUUACAAAACUUCUAAACUUUGAAGGUUUAGAGUAGAAAAUAUAUUCAUUUUUCUUUCCUCCCAAUCUGUUGUUCAUGGGAUGUGAGAGUGGUUGUGGUGUCAUGGAACAAUGGGAGAAACAACACAGUUUGAGAAUAGAGGACAAAGGUGUUUAUAUAAAAGUGAUAUAAAAUACACUCUAUUUCCUGUGGAGUGGAGUAUCUUAUUUUUCCCAAUAUAAUUUUAUUGAUUUAAAGUGAAUGGUU